CCACUUGACUCGCCCAUACGCUUCCCGUCGUUCCUUUCCCAGCAUUCCAUCCCACACGGCGCUAUGUACGUCAGUCGAGCGGCCACUCGCGCAGCUCCUGCUGUCUUCAGGGCGGGCAUCAGAACCUCUGCCCGGCCUAUGCGACACACGCCCAAGACUAUACCUGCCAUUGCCAUCCUGAUCCCCCGCCGAGCCAUAUCAACCGAGACAUCCACAAACUCCAACGGCAACUUCCCACCUCCCGGCUUCAACGCCGAGAAUGCCAAAAAGCCUCUACCCCAGGAGGACCAACAGAAGAUCCAGGACAAAGCAGCUUCGGAGAAACCCGACGUGUCCAUCCCCAAAGAUGCCCCUACAGGGAGCCCUAAGACUCCGGCUGAGGAAGCGCAAACGUUGACAGAAUUGGCCGCUCAAAAGUCGGCUGGGGCCAAGGAGGAGAAGAAGGUCGUGGAAAAAAAAGAUGAGAAGAAAAAAACGUUGUGGCAGAAGAUCAAACACGAGGCCGCCCAUUACCGAGAUGGCACCAAGUUGCUGUUCACCGAGGUUCGAAUCAGUUCAAAGCUGGCUUUGAAAAUGGCGGCAGGAUACGAGUUGACUCGCAGGGAACACCGACAGCUGCAAAGAACCGUUCAAGACUUGGGCCGACUGGUACCCUUUUCCAUGUUUCUCAUUGUGCCCUUCGCCGAGUUGCUUCUGCCUGUAGCACUCAAGUUCUUCCCCAAUCUUCUUCCCAGCACAUACGAAGCACAGUCUGCAAAGGACGAUAAAGCCAAGACUUUGCGGUCAACCAGGAAGGAAGUGAGCACUUUCCUCCGUCAGACCCUCAAGGAAACUGGUCUACCGGUAUCGGCCAUAAACGCGCAGAGAGAGGAAUUUGCCGAGUUCUUCCGUAAGGUUCGCACAACAGGCGAGUCGCCGUCUCAAGAAGAAAUCAUCAAAGUCUGCAAGAUCUUCAAAGAUGAUCUGACCCUUGACAACCUUUCAAGGCCUCAAUUGGUCGCCAUUUGCCGAUACAUGAACAUGGCAUCUUUCGGUACAGACAACUUCCUUCGCUACCAAGUCCGCGUGCGCAUGCGCCAGAUCAAGCGUGAUGAUAGGGCCAUUUCCUUCGAAGGUGUCCCGUCUCUGUCCGUCCCAGAGCUCCAGUCCGCCUGUGCCAGCCGAGGCCUCCGCACAUAUGGCAUGUCUCCUGCCCGACUACGCGAUGACCUCUCCACAUGGUUGAACCUCCGACUCAAGCACGGUGUCCCAUCCACACUCCUCGUGCUCUCCAACGCCUUCGUAUACGCCCAGGGCAAAGAGUCGGAAAUGACGAGCCAGAUCGAAGCCCUCCAGGCCGUCCUCUCCAGCAUCCCCGAGGAACUCUACCACGAGAUCGAGCUCGAGGUACACACCGCCGAAGGCGCAGCUACCAACAAGCAACGUCUCGAGGUUCUCAAGGAGCAACAGGAGCUCAUCGACGAGGAGAACGAGCAGCUCCAAGGCCAUGAGAACAGCGCGAAUGCCUCGCCCAAGGACAGGGACAACAUCGACGAGGACGAUAAGCCCAAGGCCCAGCAGGAAGCUUCUCAGCAGAGCAACGAGGCUGAGGCCAGCACCGGAGAUACAGAGGGUUCUGUAGGCAGUGCCGAGCGCACCGAGCAAGAUCGCAGGGCUGCUACUGAACCAGAGCAGAGCAAGGAAUCCACAAAGAAGGAAUAGAAGGGCAACACCCCUCUUUACGUCACAUACAUGUACAACCGGAAAACAAAUAUAGAUGGAAGUCUUCAUGCUAGCUCAUCUUGGUUCUUUUUCCUCUCCCUUCUCUAGACCCAUUCCUUUUAUAUUCACUAUGUCUUCUCCCCCUUCUAUACUUUUAGAGGUAUUGUGUAAAUAGAAAUCCAUCAAAACUCUGUCUCGUUGUCUCGCUCGUAUUGCCUUGCGGUUGACGUUUAAUCCUCCUUUUCUUCUUCUUCUUCUUCUUCUUCUUCUUAUCUCUUGUCACUUUUUGCCGUGUCUGCGUCAAACCCUACACAUGCAUGUAUAUGUCCAUCCUAAACGGC